AUGCUGCAAGCCAAAAACAAUGCCGAAAGUCGCACCUCCACGGCAUCCAUCUUGUCCGCAUUGAAGGGAGUCUCCACAUUCGGGUUUCACUCCAGACGACAACUUUCGUCCAGCGGAAUAUCCAACAGCAGUGCCAUUGAGAAACAUCGAAGGUCGACGUUGGCAUCCGUCAAUGGCGUGAAAAUGGGAGAAUCAAAAAACGACAACAGUGAUCACAAACGAAUGGUCACAACAUCGCAAACAACAAAGUCCACUAGUCCGUGUUUGAAUGAAAGUACGACAACUCGCAAGAGCUCGGAUCAGUUUCUACUGCGAGUAUCGUCGUUGGAACCGGCUGCCAUUGCCGAAGAGGAAGGAGAAAUGGGAGGGGAAGCCGGAACGAUGCCUCGAGUUUCGGCUCAUAGUAGUGGAAACGAUAUUGACAUGGGGCAAGACGGGAGUGCCUUGGGGUCUUUGGUUUUCAACAACGACAAUAACAAUCGUAAUCGCCACCCGGUUGUGGAAGUGCAGGUGGACCAUCCACCGCGCGUGAUUGGCUCGACAAGUAGAGUGUUUGGUGGGAUCUCCGACGAUGAAGACAUCUCGGACGACGAAGACGGAGACGUCGUCCGUGACCUGCCUAGAAGAGCCACCGAGGAUGAUGACGACGACGACGAUGAUGACUUGUUCCUGCAAGUUUCCAAGGAAUUCUUGUUUUAG